GAGAAGUCAGAAGUUAAUGAUCGAGGGCGGACAUUUCAAAGAAAGAAACUAACCUUACUCUCUCUGCUUAUAUUUUCUAACCAAACCAACCAACUCUCGCCAUUUAUAUUGUAAUCUGUCGAUUUUUCCCCCUCUCUCUUGAUCGAAUCCCUGCAUUUCUCGGCUUAGGUUUCGUUUCUCCGACAAUGGAGUCAUCCGCUGCCCUCCGAUCCUUUCACUUUUCUGUAGGCACUGUUUCACAUAUGCGAUCCUUGCAAGAAAGGCCUGGUAUUGUUUCUGUGCAAAAUGGCAGCUGGGCCAUGUCGGGUAAAAUGGACACUCGAGGCUUCACAAUUUGCAGAACGAUUAUUUCUUCUCCAAUCUGGCGAAAUGAAACUUUAGUAUCAUGUGUAAAGACGUCUGAAGCUAGUGUAGUAGCCAAGACAGAUGACAUGGAAAUGAAGGAGAAAACUACUCGACGAACCACAAGUUUUCCAAAUGGAUUUGAGGCAUUGGUGUUACAAGUAUGUGAUGAGACCGAGAUUGCUGAGUUGAAAAUGAAGGUCGGGGACUUUGAAAUGCAUGUGAAGCGGAAUGUUGGUGCCACAAAUGCUCCAAUGCUAAACAUCUCUCCUGCAACACCACCACCUAUUCCAACAAAACCCAUGGAUGAAUCAGCUCCUGUUGCCCCGCCACCAUCACCACCCAAAUCCUCUCCAGAAAAGGUCAGCCCAUUUAGAAACACAUCCUCUCAGAAUUCCCCUAAGUUGGCUGCCUUGGAAGCUUCUGGAGUUGGUGGAUAUGUUAAAGUAGCUUCUCCAACGGUUGGCUCAUUUCGAAGGAAUAGAACUAUAAAAGGAAAGAAGCAGCCUCCUAUCUGUAAAGAGGGUGAUGUGAUCAAAGAGGGACAAGUAAUUGGAUAUGUAGAUCAAUUUGGUACCGAACUUCCGGUGAAGUCAGAUGUGGCUGGAGAGGUCUUGAAGCUCCUUUUUGAUGAUGGAGACGCGGUUGGGUACGGGGACUAUCUUAUUGCGGUCUUGCCCUCAUUUCAUGGCAUCGAGUGAGCUUCGUCGCUCCCUGGUAGAAAUUUUGCAGGUUUCAAGUGAUUACUUAUUUGAAAGCUAUUUGCUUUGGAGUUGUUGGCCAAGUCUUUUUAUUCUUUCCUCAUUUCCUUUGCCAUUUUGCAACUAGCUGUAAUGUGUACUUCAUAUUUGUGAUCAGUGACACUCGACUAUAUACUUAUAUUGAUCAUACAACUCUUAGGCAUGUUAAGAAACAAAUAUGAAAGAAAAUCAUGCUUUACUUGCAAUACAACAUCUCUUGGGUA